UCUGUCUCUAACGGGCCGGUCCCCCCUGUAGGCGCUGACAGUUAGUGUCUCGAGCCCAGUGCUGUGUGUGACGAAGCUCUCGACUGAGCAGAGCUCUGAUGAGAAAACAGGUCGUGUGUGCUCUCCUGACUCAGGAAGCCCGUGUGCGCCCUGAUGUGCUUCUGACACCCGGGAAGGGGUCGUGCAGAGGGUCCCAGCUGUGCUCUCUCUGCAGGUGGGGCACCCACGGGUGGAGCUGACCCUCUCAGAGCUCCAAGACAUGGCAGCCAGGCAGCAGCAGCAAAUCGAAAACCAGCAGCAGAUGUUGGUCGCCAAGGAGCAGCGUCUACAUUUUCUAAAGCAGCAGGAGCGCCAUCAGCAGCAGUCUAUUUCUGAAAAUGAAAAGCUUCAGAAACUGAAGGAGCGAGUUGAAGCCCAAGAAAACAAGCUGAAGAAGAUCCGUGCCAUGCGGGGGCAGGUGGACUACAGCAAGAUCAUGAACGGCAAUCUGUCCGCCGAGAUAGAGAGGUUCAGUGCCAUGUUCCAGGAGAAGAAGCAGGAGGUGCAGACGGCCAUUCUGCGCGUCGACCAGCUCAGCCAGCAGCUGGAGGACCUCAAGAAGGGGAAGCUGAAUGGGCUGCAGCCUUACACCGGCAAGCUGACGGGCCCGGCCGCCGUGGAGCUGAAAAGGCUGUACCAGGAGCUGCAGAUUCGUAACCAGCUUAACCAGGAACAGAAUUCAAAACUGCAGCAGCAGAAGGACCUCUUAAAUAAGCGCAACAUGGAGGUGGCCAUGAUGGACAAGCGCAUCGGCGAGCUGCGCGAGCGUCUGUACGGGAAGAAAAUCCAGCUGAGCCGUGUGAAUGGCGCGUCGUCGCCACAGUCACCCCUGAGCACGCCUGGCAGGGUGGCUGCCGUAGGACCUUAUAUCCAGGUUCCCAGCGCCGGCAGCUGCUCAGCCCCGGGGGACCCCAUAAAGCCCCAGUCUCUCACUGUUGCUUCAGGAGCUGCCCAUGGGAGGCCCAAACCCGAUGGCCAUGGUAGACCCAGAGUGACCCGCUCGUGGACAGUGUCCGACCUGGACAUCGGGCCCGACUGCGGCUCCACACGGCAAGCUGCAGACUCCCUGACAGACCCUAAUGAUGGAAACUGGCCAACACUAAAACAAAAUAUGAGCUCUGCGGUGAAACCAACACAGAUGGCCCCUGUGGACUGGAAGGACCCGAGCGUGGAGGGGCCGCUCAGGCAGGGCCCCGUCUCCAGCCAGCCUGCGCCCCUGUCAGCUCUGGGAGCCCCGGAGAAGCUGGGCAUCGAGAUGGGUAAAAUGCCACCCCCCGUCCCUGGUGUCGGCAAGCAGCUGCCGCCGAGCUACGGCACACACCCAAGUCCUGCGCCCGUGGGUCCAGGGCCCACAAACUCCCUGGAAAGGAGGAAGGAGGGCAGCUUGCCCAGGCCCAGCGCAGGCCUGGCCGGUCGGCAGAAGCCCGGCCCUCUGCCCUCCGUGGGCAGCACCCACCCGCCGGGCUCCUCCCAGCAGAUCCAGCAGCGGAUUUCUGUGCCCCCGAGCCCCACGUACCCGCCCGCAGGGCCGCCUGCGUUUCCCACUGGAGACGGCAAACCCGAGCUCCCACUGACUGUGGCCAUCAGGCCCUUCCUGGCAGACAAAGGGUCCAGGCCACAGUCCCCCAGGAAAGGACCCCAGACGGUGAAUUCAAGUUCCAUAUACUCCAUGUACCUCCAGCAAGCCACGCCCCCCAAGAAUUACCAGCCCGCAGUGCAUGGCGCCUCGAAUAAGUCGGUCAAAGCAGUGUACGGGAAGCCCGUCCUGCCAUCGGGCUCGGGCUCGACGUCCCCGUCGCCGUUGCCGUUUCUUCACGGGCCGCUGGCCACCAGCACCUCGCAGCCCACGCCCCCUGCAGAGAGUGCGGAGCGGGAGCCCGAGCAGGACAGCCCGGCCCCGCCCGCGGAGGCCACGGGCGCCAUGGAGAGCCUGCCGCGGCCGCUCAGCCCCACCAAGCUCACGCCCAUCGUGCACUCCCCGCUGCGCUACCAGAGCGACGCGGACCUGGAGGCCCUGCGCCGGAAGCUGGCCAACGCGCCGCGGCCGCUGAAGAAGCGCAGCUCCAUCACGGAGCCCGAGGGCCCGGGCGGGCCCAACAUCCAGAAGCUGCUGUACCAGCGCUUCAACACCCUGGCUGGCGGCAUGGAGGGCACCCCGUUCUACCAGCCCAGCCCCUCGCAGGGCCUCACGGGCACCCUGGCCGACAUGGACAAUGGGAACACCAAUGCCAACGGGAACCUGGGGGAGGCCAGCCCUGCCCAGCCCACAGCCCCGCUGCCCGCCGAGCCCGCUCCUGCCUCGGACGCCAACCACAACGAGCUCCCUUCCCCUGAGCCUGAGGGGCUCCUCCGUCUCCAGACCACGCCCCAGGCCGUGGAGCCCGCGGAGGACAACAACAACAACGUGGCCAUGGCCCUGUCCACGGAGCAGGUCCCGAGCCCCGGGCCCGAGGCCCCCUCUCCGGGGGAAGAGCCCGUUUCCCCAUCACGUCCCCCCGUCGCACCCCUGCUCGCAGCCUCUACGAGCAAGCGGACCAACCUGAAGAAACCCAACUCCGAGCGCACGGGCCGCGGGCUGCGCGUCCGCUUCAACCCCCUGGCGCUGCUCCUGGACGCGUCCCUGGAGGGAGAGUUCGACCUGGUGCAGAGGAUCAUCUACGAGGUGGAAGACCCCAGCAAGCCCAACGACGAAGGGAUCACCCCGCUGCACAACGCCGUCUGCGCCGGCCACCACCACAUCGUGCGGUUCCUACUGGACUUCGGUGUCAACGUGAACGCCGCCGACAGCGAUGGCUGGACGCCGCUGCACUGUGCCGCCUCCUGCAACAGCGUGCACCUCUGCAAACAGCUGGUGGAGAGCGGUGCCGCCAUUUUUGCCUCGACCAUCAGCGACAUUGAAACUGCUGCAGACAAGUGCGAGGAGAUGGAGGAGGGCUACAUCCAGUGCUCCCAGUUUCUGUAUGGGGUGCAGGAGAAGCUGGGCGUGAUGAACAAGGGCGUGGUGUACGCGCUGUGGAGCUACGAGGCCCAGAACAGCGACGAGCUGUCCUUCCGAGAAGGCGACGCCAUCACCAUCCUGAGGCGCAAGGAUGAGCACGAGACCCAGUGGUGGUGGGCGCGCCUGGGCGACCGGGAGGGCUACGUGCCCAGAAACCUGCUGGGGCUGUGUCCUCGGAUCCAGCCCCGGCAGCGAACGCUGGCCUGAGCCCCCGCCAAGGAGCCGCUGAGGUCGCCUGCGUCCCUGCGCAGAAGCUGGAGUCUAUGGUGCUCACGCAGCAGAAGCCCACAAUGUGAACCGCAGGCUCGGGAGGCCUCCUCCAGCCGCCUCCAGAGGACUGAGCUUUGCCAAUGACUGUCAACCCAAAUAAAUGCCCAGCUUUCUACGCCUGUGCCAAUAGAAGCCCUAGAGUGAACCCCCGGAUGGUUGCCAGUGGAGACCAGUGGCCUGACUGGCCCCAAGGCCACCCUCACGCUCCAAGUCCCUCACCAGCAGUGAGCGCGCCCACUGCUGUGCGUGCUCCCCCGAGCCCUGCCCGCCUGCCGCUGGGCACCUCAGCACCAGGUCCUUCCCUUCAUGACCAGAGGAGCCUGCGGGGAAACCCGUGCGGUGGCCCUGACAUGGAGCUCCACUUCCUGUUCCGGCCCGUGGUGCGGGGCUGGACUUCAGGCCCCAGGCAGGGACCUCAAGACCAAGGGACCAUGGCCAGGAGCCUGUCAGCACUGACCUCCUCGCUCCCUUCUCUGCAGCCCCUCGCUGCCCAGGUGUGGUUCUUACCCCCCUCAGCCCCUCGGUUUUCAUUAAUUCACAGGAACCAGAAACAAGAGAAAUGCCAUUGGCUGUGCCUGGUUGGGGCUGGGUGGGCCCUGCGUGGAGGCAGACCCUGCCCCCCACCGGCCAGGAGCCUGAGGUCGGUCACUCGGGUGGCAUGGUCGUCAGGAGGGGCAGCUGUGGGCAUGAGGGUGGGCCUCCCCGUUGGGCCAGCCGUGAUGUGGUGACCUUGGCAGGCCCUUCACCGAAGGCAGCUGAACGCACAGGCUUUUAUACAAAAGUAUUUUUGACGAGACAUUUGCAACUACCAGGAUGAUGCUGGCGAUGUCGAGAAGUCGUUCUCAUGAAAUUCCAGGCCCGUAGGCUUUAUUGUCCAUGGACGAGUCUGUGUAUAGUUCUGUAUAGACGUGUGUAUAGACCGUUGCUGUACUGGUCCCCUUUAAGCACUGAGUGUACACAGUGCUGAUGGAGCGUGAAGACCCCGGGGCAGCCUCUGCCGGGGCCCCUCCACCCGAUGCCGUGUAACGUGCGCAAUAAACACUGUUUCCCCGUG